AUGGACUCAAAAAUGGAUAGCGGAUACCUUGCCCCGGGAGAAGUGCUAGAUGAUGGAUACAACGUUAUGAGGGAGUUGCUUCCGGCAGAAAUUAUAGGAAUUAUGGAUCAGUUGCUAUGCUUUGAGGUCGCCUGGCACAUGGGGCAUCCUUUAUCUCAAACCCUGUUCACUUCAUUUUACAUUGAUCAUUUGCUCUGGCCGGUUCCGAAUGCUCUUGAAGAUGCACGCUUUGAUCGUUCUCAGUGCCAAAUAGACAGAGUGAAUCAAGUCUCUAUUUCUUUAGGUCUGGUUCAUAUCGUCUUAAGAGCGUACUGCUUAGCAUUGAUUAAAGCCUGUGACCUUGUCAUCAAAAGAGUAGGCUUGGAGUAUUACUACGAGGAAGAAGACUUUGUCACUCAGCUCUACAACCGAAAGCUACUUAAAGAUGUGCAUCCCUCUAGAAUUCAUGGUCUUAUUGAUGAGGCUGUAUCCUGGCUGAAUGCACAAGAUAAAUUUCUUGAUGACGCCAUUUUAGAAGCUCUUCAGAGCCGGUUAACGUUUCGGCGACAGUUUCUCUCUACCUUGGAACUGGACAUUUCUGUGAUAGAUAGUAGGGUCACAGAUUAUCCACAAGCCUGCCUUGAUCAGAUUGAUAUUAUUGAAAAAUCCAUGUCGAUCGGGCAACCUGUAGAUGCGGCAUUUAGCCAUAAAAUCCAGCGGCGAUUAGCCAGCACAGUUCCUCCACGACCAAUUGUCAAGAUUAAUCAAGCAGAUGCCAUAUCAUUUCUAAAGCGAUUGUUCAAGGAUGCCAUUGAUGUGCAGGGAAUCCUCGAUUCUGGUUGCCCUUAUGAUUUAAUGAAAUCUGUCUGGAUACUACAAUCUCGGAAACCACAGCCAUCCGUCUAUAUUCGCUCUUUGACGCAAUCGCUGUUACUGAAUGACUUGCGCGUUCUUGGCUCAAAGUCCAUCAAGCAGUUUGUUUACGAAGAUUUAACAGAUCAUGUUCUUCCAUGGAGUAUGCUACUUGAUAAAAGAAAUGAAGCAGUUGAGGUUCCUUCAGAUCCGCGGUAUCAGAUCGUUAAACAAAUGAAUGCGUUUGUCGAACGAGUUGCCCAGCCCUUUAUCGACACAUAUCGUACAUCUUGUCUGAAUCGAAGCCGGAUUCGACGCACACUUAGUCACUCAGUUGUCGACUGGGACCAUCUUCAAGUCGAAGCUGAGGAUCUCGACGUUCAUCUUCGCUCUUUAACAACUGAGCCUGCAGUUACACUGAACGGUGAUGAGACAACGUACGCGUACCCCUUAAGCAGCUGGGUAUAUCACCAAAAAUUAAAACAGCUUCGGCUCCUCCUACAACUAGGCUUCGAGCUUUCUGUGUAUUCAGUUGAAGAGCUCCCCGGUCUAUACUGGUACCUAUCGCAUAUAUGUGCUACCCAUCUGGUCCAUUUAGAUCGAAUCCGUUCUUGCGUAGAAAUCGAGUAUGACAGACAAAAGUCACAAGACACCAACUCGCUAGGAAACCCAGAGCGGAGAGAAGCAUUCCGGAAAACAUUAAAAAUCAUUCAUCGGCAAUCGACAGAACUUGUUGCAACGGAUGCAUUUGCCAUUGCUUUGCAUGCCCUCUAUACCUUGAUACUACGUUAUAAGCUCUUACCAUCGACAUAUUUAGCUUCAAAAAAACAUUACGCAUCCGAGAAAUUGCGUUACGAGCUAAGGAUGAAACCAUUCUUCUCAGUCUCGUUACCAGAACCUGUGCCUUUUGACUCUUUCUUAAAGGAAUCUAUGUUAGAAGAUAGGAGUGACGAAUCCGUGCUUGAUCGAGCCGUUGCUGCAAUUGCAGAGGCCAAAAGAAGUUUAGAACAGUGCCUGGCAGAAGGUGCAUUUGUCGGAGAUCAGGUCGUACAAAAAAACGAUGGAAAAUCAGGCGCCAAAACCCCUCCAUUGUCGUGUCUUUCAGACGACUGGACAAAAGAUGUCAAGGAUUCAUUACGAGCAUGCAUUGCCUCGAGUAUCGCGAUCGGGGCAUUUAAGAAAGCUUUAACAGCAGCUUCAGCCUCUCAGUCUAAGAAACAAGGGCCACAGAGAGGUGUGGGUGUGAAUUCAGACCGAAAGCUACCUAAUUUGUCGAUCGAGAUCCCAGAGCCCGGCUCCAAGGCUUGUUGGCACGAUUGGUGGAUUGUUCCUAAGGUUUCUGAAGUAAUUCCUGUUCGAGCUACCAAAGACAAAAGUGUGAGAACGGAUUCAAAGAAAUAA